GUUUGUAAGCUGUUGAGCAUCAUGGCUGCACUGGCACUCUGGGAUGACCUGCGGCAUGGCUUGAAGUGCUACACUGGCCCGCGAAAUCGAGUAGCAUGCUCCUUGGCUCGUGCUGCGGCUCCAACCCCGCAAACGCAGUUUCCAGUGACCAUGACGCAUGGUCUAGUGGACAUUGGAGCAAAUUUGUUAGAUCCUAUGUUCAAAGGAGUUUACCGAGAGAAAAGCCGACACCCAGCUGACCUUUCCGCUGUUCUCUUCCGUGCCCGCCAGGCUGGCGUCACCAGGAUCAUGGUCACAGCAGGUAGUCUGCAGGAAAGUCGGGAUGUACUUCAGCUCUGCCAGCAAAGUUUAAGUGAAGGGGAUUGGCCGCAGCUUUGUUGCACGGUGGGAGUACAUCCAACACGAUGCUCCGAGUUCGAUGAGUCGGGGAGUCCUGCCAAACACAUGCAUGAACUCCGUGACGCUGCACUGUCCGCAGGUUCGUUCUUGUGUGCCAUCGGUGAGUGUGGACUGGACUAUGAUCGUUUGGAGUUCUGUCCUCGUGAGGUGCAGAAGGAAUACUUCGAGAAACAGCUGAAAGAGCUGGCGAUUCCGAUGAGGAAACCACUAUUCCUGCAUUGUCGCACCAGUGAAGCUGCUGAGGAUUUGCUUGCUCUUCUGAGAAAACAUCAAAAGGAUCUCCCUCAAAACCCGGGUGUGGUUCACAGCUUUGAUGGCAGCUACGAAGAUGCCGCCAAGUUCAUAUCCCUGGGUUUUUUCAUCGGUUUAAACGGCUGCUCCCUGAAGACGGAAGAGAACUUGGCCAUGGUGAGAUCCCUGCCUGAUGAUUGCAUCCUUCUGGAGACUGAUGCCCCCUGGUGUGGCAUAAAAGCAUCCCAUGCUGGUCAUGAUUUUGUACGAAGUACAUGGGAUGAAGUGAAAAAGCCUGAGCGUUGGGAAGAAGGCAAGUGUGUCAAAGACAGAUGCGAGCCAUGUCAGAUGAGACAGGUUUUGGAGGUUGUUGCUGGCUGUCGCAGCAUGUCGCCGGAAGCCUUGGCCAAAGUCGUUUUACAGAACUCUAACAAGUUCAUGGGGACUACGGCUUCAUAG